AUGCGGGAAACCGCCAAGCAGCAGGGUGUUCAAUUGGUGGGGGAACUGCAGCCAUGCGUCGGCUGCAUCGAGGCGAAGGGCAGGAGGACCCCGGUGCCGCGGCGUGGAGUCACCCGCGCGGCGGUACCGUUCGGCAAGGUGCACAUCGACAUCACCGGCCCGUACUCUGAGGCGUUCGAUGGUUCCCGUUACCUGAUCAUGUUCGUAGACAGUGCGUCGCGGUGGCAACGGGCGUACGGCAUGCGGGCCAAGAGCGACACCCUGACGUACACGCGGCGUUUCCUCGCCGACCUGAACGGCAACGGCCCUCUGGGGUGUUUCCGCAUGGACAACGCGGGGGAGUUCACGAGUGCUGCCUUCGUCGCGUUCUGCGACGCCGCUGGCAUCCGGCGCGAGUACACCGCGCCCGACACCCCGAAGCAGAAUGCGGUCGUGGAAAGCGCCAUCUGGCGAGCCAUGAAGGGGGGCCACGCCGCCCGCCGCCACGUCCUCUCCAUGGGCCACUUCGACCUCGCCUCCAUCCCCGGUAUGGACGCCAACGGACACCGGCUGUGGCUUGCAUCGGCGAUCUGGGCCUCCGGCUGCUUCAACCGUUCCGCGACGUCGGCCAACCCGGCCUGGAUGUCGCCGUUCGAGGCCUUCUUCGGACGCAAACCGCCGCUCAAGGUCGUCCCCUUUUUCCAGGAGGGGAUGAUGCGCGUGAAGCGCGCCAGCAAGGCGGACGUCCAAUCCGUUCGUUGCUUCUACCUGCACGGAGCGCGCAGUCACUCCGACGCCACUGCCGUCGUACUCCGCGCCGACAUCGGAAGGAUCUGCCUGUCCAACAACGUCGUGUGGAUCAGCCGCCGCACCGCCGUGCCGGCGCCGGUACCGGCCAGCGGGGGGGGUUCUUCGGUCACCGCGGCGCCCUCGCCGGCCGCCGCCGCUCCUACAGCCGCUGCCGCACCGCCACCGCCAUGGACAUCGCGGACGUACACCCACACCCCGCCCACAGCGACUACCGCUACGCAGCCGCCCGCUUCACCGCCGCCAGCUUCUCCGUCGAUCUUCACAGGUGACACGGAAAUCAUGGAGCAGCAGCUGGAUGAGCUCCAGCUCUCGGACGAGCAGCGAAAUGUAAUCGACGCUCUUAUCAAGGAGCAGGUCAAGAUCAAAGUAGAAGAAGCAGCAGCAGCAGCAGAGCGCCCCGCAACACAGAGCGAGGGCAUGCCUUCCGAAGGAGGCGACCCGGCUGGAGAGGCCGGCUGGCUCGGAGUCAAGCCCGCGACCCGAAGACCAGCCCCGAUCGCCGGUGGACGUAUCACAAUCCCUGCAUUCACCGGGAAGUUCAGCCCCGAGGACGAUGUACAGACGGCGGGGCAGUGGUACUCGUUGAAGCAGCAAGUAGGGGAGGAGCCCCGGCGCUAUCUCACAAGAGCAUCAGUACUUCGCCAGAAACUAGAAGCGUAUGGUUGGGUGCAAUCCGAUCGUGAUGGUAACGUCCACUAUGUCCGCAACCUUCUGCCCGAUGUUAAUGUGCAGAGGAGCGUGUUGUUGGCGCAUUCGGAGGUCAAGACGGAAUUGGUAGAGAAGGUGAUUCUGACUGCCUGGGCGGAGACGGAGGCCGCUAGGAAGAGGGCGUCGGAGAGCGUGGGGGCGUAUGCCCUCGUCACUGGCGGUGAUAACCGUGGUGGCGGGGGCGGGAACAUGGGGGAUAGGGGGAAGACGAGAGGACAACGGAGGA